AUGGGCAAAGAGAACAUGUUUUUCCAUUAUUACGAAGACUCUGACAGUAUGGCCAUUGUGGACAACAUUUGUUUGUAUACAAGUAAGACGACUUGUGUUUGAUAAUUUGAUUAAAGAAUUGACUCGAGAAGAAGUCUGGGAAUCUUUUGGAGUUUUCUUUGUGGGAUGGAUAAUGGAUCAAGGAUGGGAUGGGCUUUUGAGGACUCUCAGUCCAGAUCUCAAGGGAUUUGUGAAUAAUCUGGACUCCUUGCAUUACUUUAUAGACCACGUUGUCUAUAAGGCGAGUCUUAAAGGGCCCUCAUUCAGAUGUGAGGUCAACAAAGACGAUUCCAUCACUCUGCAUUACUUUUCUGAGAGAUCCGGCCUUUAUCCGAUUGUGAAAGGUACUUGUUAUUACAUUUGGGCCUUGGAUAUUCGGGGCCCAUCAGAGCAAGCAUUUAGUAUCAAGUAAUACUGGCUACAUGCUGAUGUAGGAAAAUCACUUUUAGUAAUAUCUAAGCCAAGAUCACUCGAAGAGCGAGCAUAUGGUAAAUUAUGCCAUUACAGUCACUUUUUCAUCCCGAGAGGCAGCAGAUAGAAAAAUCCUUAUAACGGCAAAACAAGUGUCGAUCAUUUUGUCUGAAACUUUAAAAACAGAUUUUUGGAAGUAUUACAUGUAUGCACAACCGCCCACAUUGCUCUCGUACUGUUACAGCCCGCAGGGCAAGCAAAUAUAUUUGUCCAGAUUUUACUGGAGCACCCUGUACAUAUUGGGCCAAUACCCGGUCUGCUCCUGACGUAAGAUAAAUUUUAUAGUUUAUCUCAAUCUUAUAGGAUUUACACUUUACAAUUAUGUACAAUUUACAAUUUUAACAUCAGUUAUUAUACAUACUAUUACAAGCUGAUGGGCGCUGAAUGUCCAGGGCCCGACUGUCUGUGUGCAUGCACUGUGUAAUCAGUUGGUAUUUAAUUUAUGAUUUAGGAAUCAUAAAAGAAAUCGGGAAGAAGUUGUAUAAACUAGAUGUGAGCAUCACUGUUCUCGGAAGGACUCAACGGAGCGUUCAAGUUGGACAGAAGGAACGACUAGAAGAACAUGUCAUCUUCUUGAUCAGAGUAGAUUUUUAAUUCCAAGGAAUGUUCACUUUUUACAAAUAUUUUUUAGAGCAAUUCCGUGGCUUCAUUAGAUUCUCGAGCCAGUUCUGCCUUAAGUAAUCAUGGGCUGAUCGAUGUGGAGGAGAUUAUGAAUCUGUGGACGAUGAGGAUCAGUCAAAAGGACUUCUGCGCUUUACAGCCCUAUCAUUUUGUAAUGGACAGAGACUGUAGAUUAGUCCAAAUCGGGAAUGAAUUGCUCCGUUUUUAUCCUCCAGAGACUAUCCAAUUGGGAAUGCCGAUUCUGAAGUUGGUCGAGAUUCAAAGACCUCAGAUUCCUCUUGAUUAUGACAAUAUCCUCAAUUUUAUCAAUGCCGUUUUUGUUCUCCAGAUACGACCCCAAAGAGGAAAUGAAUCUGAUAUAUCCCAUAGCAGAUCCCAGUAAGCUUUAAAGCAUCUUCUAUCGUUUCUGUCCCAUUUAACCUACUUUUUUAGAACCGACUCCAGAUCUGCGGACUACGAUUACUUUCGUUACGGAACCGUCAUCAAAUUGAAGGGUCAGAUGAUGCUUUUGAGCAAUGGAGAACACAUGAUCUAUCUAGGCUCUCCCUAUGUCACAACCAUCCCUGAAUUGCUUACAAAUUCCCUUCGUUUGAGCUCGUUUCCUUUGCAUGAUGCAACCAGAGAUCUUAUUCUUCUAAAUCAACAACGAUUAAACGAUGUCGACGACAAGUUUGUUUUCUUUUAUCUAAAGUAGCGCAUUGCAGUAUCCAAUUGGAAGCUAACAACGAACGUCUUGAAGACAUGGCCGCGGAGAUUGAGUUGGAAAAGAAGAGGAAUGAGACACUUUUGAAGGAGGUUCUCCCCGUUUCGGUAGCCGAUCAGCUGUUGCAGGGAGCUUCCGUAGAUGCAAGUAUGUUAAAUACGCCUUCGUUUGCACAACAUUUUCAUAGGAGAGUAUCCUCUGGCCACCGUCAUGUUUGUGGAUUGUCCCAGAUUCCAAUCAAUAGUCCCUUUAUGUCAACCAAGACAACUGGUAUCCCUACUUAACGAUCUCUUCACAAAGUUUGAUCGACUGGUUUCAAUGCAUGGGGUACUCUCUAACAUUAUUACUCGUAAUUCCAGACCUUUAGGUGUAUAAAGUGGAGACUGUCGGAGAUUCUUAUAUGACUUGUGGCGGUCUUCCUGAUGAGAAUCGUAUCCAUUGUGAACAAGUCUGUCAUCUUGCCUUAGGCAUGUUAUGGGAAGCGAGACAAACGCAAGAUCCGGUGGAAAAGAAAUCCCUCUCCGUCAGGUGUGGAGUCCAUUCGGGAGCAGUAGUUGCUGGUGUAAUUGGGGUCAAAAUGCCCAGGUACUGUCUCUUUGGGGAUACUGUAAAUACAGCCGCCAGGAUGGAGAGUCAUUCGUUGGUAGGGAGAGUCCACUGCAGUUCGGCAGCUAAAAAGUAUGUCGUAAACAGCUUAAUAUAUUGAAAUUUAACUUUAGAUGUGCAGAAGACAGUGGAAGAUUUGAAUUUUUUUUCCGGGGAUCCAUUCCCAUCAAAGGAAAGGGACGAAUGGAGACUUAUUUCUUAGCCAAGAGUCUCAAGAAAUCGGUUUGGGAGCUAAUUGGCCGUGCUCGCGGUAAGGGUGUUUAUUGGAUAAUAAUGAUUAAAACCUUUGUUUACUUUGCACUUUAUAUCAGACCCCAAUGUCCAAAGCAUCGAUGGUUACGAUGAGUUGAUGGAAGGCAUCGAUGACGAUCUUCAAGUGGUUCUUGAUGACACUAAGACGUCAAGAAGUUGCACUUUGCUCUGA